AAUAUCUUCAUGGAUGUUAAAAAUAUAAAAUGGAUAUCUUUUCAGUCAUGAUUAUAAAUAUGAAAGACUUUACAUUUGGCAAAAUUAUUUCUAACUUUAAAGUAGUCUUCAGGAAUUUUAUUAUUAUCUUUUUUAGCACAAACUUUCAGAGAAUGAACUCAUCGGUAUGCGGUGAUUACCACAUUUACACCCACUACUGUUGUCAAUUCGAUUGCCUUUUUUCAACAACUUUGUUUUCGUGGUUGCAACUAUUCUUGUUCUUUCAACAACAUUUCAGGCUCAAAACCAAAUGGCUUUAGAGCCUUAAUGUCUGGAACAGUGUUCUUUAUUUGAUGAGGAACUAUAAUGCAUUUCUGCUUUUUAUUUGUUGUUUUGUUUGUUGAAUUAUAAGCAUCAACAUAUAGAGCCUCGUGUAGCUAAGUGGAAGUUUGAAUUAAAAAAUGUCAUAUUCAAAUUAGAACCUGGUCUUUUUAUUUUGACACACUCAAAAACGAAGUUCUUACAUAGAUUUGAACAGGGAAUAUAGAUAAUUUGAAUUAAGUUCUUGUGUUUGUGUGUUAUUUUUCUGAUUUUAUAAGUUGAAAUACAAAUACAUAGUCCAGAAAAAAAAAUUACAUAUGUGUAAGGUUACUCCCCCUUUAAAUAUUUGUUUGUUUUAUAAGUAAUAUUUUUUUGCGAGUGUCACCUAAACUUUGCUAAAAACAUAGCAUGAAGUAAUCUAAACUUUGAUUAGUUUUAAAUGAAUGUAAAAGCUUAGACAAUGUUGUUAAUUAUUUUUUGAAAUCUCUAAACCUCUACUUUUAUAUGCAGUGUAACUUUUGUAAGCAAUUCUGAUGGCAACACACAUUAUACCUAGAUGAUUAUUAUGCAAUGAAAAAUGGAGAAAGCUGACGAUUUAAAUUCUAAAUAUCAAAGGCUUGGUUUAGAGUACCAAAAGGUUCGCGCUCAAGUAACAGUUCUGAAGAAGGCUGUUCUAGAUGAACAAGCUGCAAGCAAAGUUAUACAAGAAGCCUUGAAACAGAAAGAUCAAACUAUCCGAAAACAUGAACAAGAUAUUGACAGUUUACAAUUUCGAAACUCGCAGCUGUCAAAACGUGUUGAAAUAUUGCAAAGUGAAUUGGAUGAAUAUGAGAGAAAAGGUGCCAAACCUGGAAAACAAUCCAAUUCACAGACAAGUAUAAGUUUUAUCCAUGAACAAGAACUUCAAAUGAAAAUUGCUGAAAAUGAAAGUUUACAUAAACAGUUACAAGAAGCAAAUCAGCAGAAUGAGUUAGUUGUGCGCCAUCUUGAAGCUCGCCUGGAAAUUUUGGAACAUGAUAAAGAUGGUUAUGAAAAGGCGAUUGAUGAUUCCACUUCUAAAAACAAUGCAGUGAUCGACAGAAUGAAAGAAGAGCAGCAUUUGCUGGAAGCUAAGUUACAUAAACAAGAGGAAGAUCUAAAAUUUGCAAACAUAAUGGCUGAAAAAUAUUCGCAACAGUUGAAAGAAGCUCAUAAGGAACUGCAAUCUAAACUUGACAAAACAAACAAAUUAAUUCAAGAAAAGAUGCCAUUUAUUGACACAGAGAAACAAGAACUGAAUAAGCUAAACAUUCCAGUGUGUGAUCGCGCUCAUCAGCACAAAGCUCAAUUGUUUUUGGAUGUUUUUACAAAUCAUUUGAUUGUGUUUAUGGCUGGUCUUUCUGAUUAUCACACUUACUUAGAACAGAGGUUGAAGGUGUAUUCUGUUGAUGUGAAACAAGAAGAGCUGAGUUCUGUCAAUGCCAAGUUCUGCACACAUCUGUUGACGAACGCAUCCCACUCACGCAAAGUUCAACACUGUUUAAAAUUGUUACAAGAACAGUCACAAGAUGAAGUUUUUAUAUCCAUGGAAACCUUGUCAAAUUUUCAAGAUGUAUCAUCUGCAUUUCAAGCCUACGUGAAGUAUUUGGAAAAAUUGUUGCCGUAUCGAAUUAUUAGCAUUGAUGAAGAAUGUCGUUCUUCAACAUGGUCUGAAAGUUUAGAAAAAUGCAACAACAAACUUUUGUGUGAGGAGAAAAAGUUGACAUCGUUGUUUAAGAAACUGGCUUCAUAUGUUUCCCUGCUUGCAUCAACAGAAUUACCAACAUCAUCAGUAUCCACUUGUGUAAGCAACCUUAACACAACAUUUAAUGCAAUGAAUAGCUGUUUUAAAGCCAUAUGUAAUCAUUAUGUUAAUAAAUCGGAGGAAGAGCAUAGUUUACCCACAUAUACUGAGAGAUUAAAGAUUACAGAUGAAUGCUUAUUAUCCACUUUGAAUUCUCUUGAAACUUCAAGUGGAAAGCUGUGUAGCUUGUUCAAAGAGAAUUUGUCUUUUAUGGUUGCUUCAAGAGGGUUUAAACGCAAAGGUCUUCCCUCUGAUUUUAGCCAGAACUUACCGAUAAAUUUAAAAUCAUUCUUUAACCAAGCAUCUUCUUACAUUCAAGAUGUGCAGCAGCCGCCUGCACAAUCGGUUCCAUACGCUCUAGCAGUUCGAAAUUAUCGAUCACUGGUAACGUCCUCUAGCGAUGCAGAUAAGCGAUCACAACAACAGGUGGUGGAUUCUCAAGAAUGUAUCAUGAAACUUGAGCAGGAAAAAGAGCAUUGGAUGUUAGAGACGCAGUUACUAAAAGCGAAAUAUGAAAGAGAACAGAAGAAAACAAGUCUGUUGGGUGAAGAACUGAAGAAAUGUAAAACAGAAGCGUUGCAAAGAUCAACAACAUUAGAGGAUAACAUGUCAUUCGAGGGAUAUGCACAGCAAGAAAGAAGUCGAAGUUUACAACGAAGUGUUUCUUCUACAUCAUCAACACCCGAUACUCCUCAUCAAAUCCCGCUUGGAACACUAGAAGUCAUUAACAGAGACAAAAAUGCAUUGUUGGACAGCGAACAUGAAAACUUAGUAAAAGACCAUCUCACAAAUCGUAUCACCCAACUCACGAAACAGCUUCAAGUUACAGACAGCAAAUCGAUAAAUUUUUACCAAGAGACUCAUGCACUAUACAAACAAAUCAUCUUAGCUGAUAAAAACAAACAAAAAUUAACCAAUGAGCUUGCAGAAUCAAAUAAAAAAAUUGACAAUUUGCAGGACGAGCUGGAAACGACAAAGCGAAGUUAUGAGGAACAGUUAAGGAUGCUGAGUGAUCACUUAUGUGGUAUGAACGAAAAGUUGACCUCGCAAAAAGAUGAAAUCGACGAACUGAAAACAAGCAGUGCAACACCCCCUAAGUUAAAAUUCCAACUACCUGGACGAAAGAAAUAAUUCUCACAGCUAGCAUAAUUAUUUUUUCUUUUUCUAAGAUCAAUUUAUGUUUGGAAUUUUUUUAAUUAAGUCGACUAGGUUGAUUCUGUUGCGUGUUUUUUUUUUGUCCUGUGUCGUAAAAUCGUUCCCGGUGUAGUAAAAUAUUUUUGUACUAAAAACUAGUGUCUUUAUAGCUUAUCAAGCGAACAUAGUUGUUCCUGUACAUAGCACUUAUAUCAUGACGUUCAUUAGAAGUGUUACGUAUGUUGUUUUGAAAGAUUUCGUUGUUUGUUUGUUUGUUUGUUUUGGCAUUUCUUUUUUUCUAACAAUGAUUAUUAGAUUUUUCCUGUAUUUUUUCUAUAUUUCAUAUAUUUUGAUGUUCUUGUUUUCAGUUUAAAUUUCUAAUUCUUCUCAGAAUUCUGUUUUGUAGUUUGACCGCUUUUUCUCCGCCCGUUUCAUAGAGAAAAUAAUGUUAUUGGAAAUCUUUAUCGAUGGGAAAAAUGGGAAUAAAGUUAAAAAAGAAAUAAAAACGAAAAAAAAAAUGUUUAUCAUCCGAAGAAUAUCACAAAAUUAAUCUCAUUCAAAACCACUGCUGAACAUAUUUUAAACUGUAAGACACUCUACGAUAACUGUUGUGAAAAAAAACGACACGCUAUAAAAAUGAGUUUAAUAUAUCUAACAUAAUGAUAAGUGUCAUGUAACAGAAAAAAAAUUAAAUUAUAUUUUCACUGCGUAGUAUUAGUGUUAGGAGAGAAACCUGGUUUUCCUCAAGGAAAUAAUCAUUGUGGAUAAUAAGAAAAAAAAUUAUUUUAACCAAAAUUCCUGAGAAAUUAGCCGUUUAAUGUCUGCCUAUAUUUUUAUUUAAAAUUCUUGUAUUAGGUAAAGCGAGGACAAAACUUAAACACACUGUCAGUAAAAUGAUAUUUAAAUUUUUUCAUUGUCCUUAAAAAACAUUUAAACUAACAUUCUAAGCUAUUUUGUAGCACCCUCGCAGUCUUAAAUAAAUAAAAAAUAAAUAAAUAAACGGGGGAAGAAAUAUGUUUGGAAGACCAUGCAAAUAACGAACAGCAAAGAAUAUAAAAUAAAUAUUUAUUUUUAUUUAGUGGUAAAAAUUUUGUAUUACUAAUAUUAAUCAAAUAUUAUAUGGCCUCUUUUAAACUGGUUUUUGGGUAAAGAUAAACUGAAAGCAAUAAAAUACAGUUACAAAAAUUCAAUAUCAUGCAUUCAAUUCCAAUUAUUGUAUAUAUAUAUAUAUAUACACACAUUUAAAAGAACGUUUAAGUUAUUAUUUUUUUUGUGUAAUUCCACACUUAUGGUGACGGUGUUAUUUUUGUAGUAAAAUCCAGGUAUUAGACGGCAGCUCGUGUGACCUCUUUCACACUUGGCUGCUGUAUAUAUUAUAUAUCCUAAGAUCGAAUAUUGUGGUCACAAAUAACGUCUGACAUUUUUGGCUAGUUUCUAACGAACAGGAUUAAAAUCAUGCGAUUUUAAAAUGAUAGUAAUUAUCGAGACAAUACACCACCACAGGACUUUGUUAUGGCUAGCGUGUUCCUAUGUUACGUUAAUGUUAUGAUAGCUAACCUGGUAACCAAUGACGUCAUUUGGUGUAGAUAAUACUUAGUGUUACUAAUUUAAACAAGACUAUAGUGGCGUGUUUUACACCGGCUGAGUUGUUUGAAUAAUCGAGGUGUGUCGUCUUUUUACUUGAUUAUUUUACAGUAUUGUGAUUAAUUGGAGUUUACGUUUGUUCUAAGCAGUUGUAUUCUGAUUGUUUGCGUCACCGCCAUUAUGUUUCCAGGUAUACAUAUCUAGAAAUAGUUUUUUUACAUCAUAUUUUAUUGUAAGGAGUUUUUCAAGUACAUAGGUGUUGACAACAAUAAAGUAUUGAUUAGCUCUAGUCAGUCUAAUAUCAGUUACAUUUUUUUUUAAAUUUAAUUUAUCGUGAAAGUUUGCACGUAAUUUUUAACUUCUUAAAAGAGAAAGGUUAGAUGUUGGAAAUGUUUUUUUGCCAGAUGUUUUGUUCUCCGAUGUUAGUUCGGUCCUCGGUGUUGUUGUCGUGUUGUCAAGAACACCAUGAUUUAUGAUAAAACAACUUCUACUGAUUCUGUAUCCAAUGAUAAUGUUUCUGUUAUGUUGUGAUCUUUUUCUUUUAAAUAUUUAUGUUUUUACUGUCUGUUUCACUUACAGAUUAAUUUGAUUAGUAUUGCAAAGGAUCGCGGGAUGUCUGGCUGUUUGAUCACAUUAUUCUAAUUUUUUAGAUUUUUUAUGUUGCAUAACCAUAGCGAAGGGUAUUCUUAGGUAUGUGUUUAUAUUAUGUAAAAUAUAACAUUACUUAAGUGUGUUAAGGGACUUAGUCGAUAUGUUGAUAUUAGCCUAUAAUUUUAUUUAUACUUUGGCUUGACACUGUAGCUAGCUUUGUUAAAAUGUUCAUAGAUAAUUUUGCUCGUUCA